AUCACACUGAGUCAGACUUCAGUGAGGCAGCGGUGAGAGAGGAUCAUGCGGCGAACAAACUUUCUUUCCCAUCCGCUCCACCGCCUUCAUCGUCAUCGUCAUCAUCCUGUGAAUCCCACCAACCCCAGCUGAGGAAUUAUGUCAGCAAACAACACCACUUGGUCACCAGAGACGGGAGACGGCGAAUACACCUGCGUGCGCUUUUAUGUGUCCACCGUGUCCUUCUCGGUGCUGCUCUUCUUCAACUUCCUCAUCAACUCGACCAUAGUUCGCGUGGAGCGGCUCCGGAGUCAUGCCCGCUUCGUGCUGGUUUUCCACCUGCUUGUAUCCGCCCUGGUUUACCUGGGGAUGAGCAGUGUCUUCUACUAUCAGAUCCACCUAGGCGCGCGGCCAGGCCGCUCCGCCUGCCUGGCCAUGAUCACCAUCUUGAUCAGCAGCGCCUCCAACAUCCUGCUGACGCUCACGGCCAUGGCUCUGGACCGCUACUGCGCCGUGUGCCACCCCAUGCGCUACACCUCUACCUGCAUGUCGGGUCACUGGCCCUGGCUGCUGGGCGUGCUCACCUGGCUGGUGGCUUUGGUCAUUCCCCUAAGCUUGAUCCUCAACCCAGACUCCUCCAACACCACCACCGGGGACAACUAUAACGGGGAGUGCGGCCGGGAACAGCUGAAGAAAGGCGAGCUGCAGAAGGUGCUGUUCAUAGGUUUGUGCACGCUGCUCAUCCUGUACAGCUACGUGAGGAUACUAGUAGAGGGGCGGCGGUUAGGAGUGCUGAACCGGCGGAACCGGGCCGGGUGCAGGACAAUAGCACUGCAUGGGAGCCAGCUGGCUGUGUACAUCCUCCCCAACUUUGUGAACUUCGUGCUGACGAUAUUGUUCAAACGGGGGCUCAUACAGCCAGAGACUAAACAGCUGUCAGCCGUGGUUAUAUUUGCUUUCUUCAGUUUGGCGCAGUGCGUUGCGCCGGUUGUUUACGGUUUGCGCAAAGAGGAACUACUGGAGCAGCUGAGUCGCAGGUUCCCCUGCUGCUCCCGAUACUUGAAGAGUGCCCUCGGCUGGACUGUGAACGUAAACUGGACACAAACCCAACCAAAAACAAGGUUCUUUUUACUCCCUUUUCCCCCCUCAGGGAGCGAACACUGACAGCCCAGACGAUCAUUUCCCUCGAGGUCCCGCAAGUCCCACAGGAGGAAGAAACAUCGCCGAUGCCAGUCAGGAGUUCCUCACAUGACUUGCACUCAUGUCAAGACGAUUCGGACAACGCGUGACGAGGGAAAAGGCAGGUCAAUGUCAGGAUCAAGACAGCCACAGGAACAUUUGGAUAAGUGGCUGUUCUCAUUUCAGGCCUGAAAGGAAUUAAAGGAACCGCCUUGGACACAAUCAUCCUGAUCCAUAAGGUUUCUUCCUCACCAGAGAACAUUAAGACCUGGAAGUGCAUCAGUGUCACGCCACCACAUCAGCAUGUUUAUACUUUGCUAAAACCUUUUGUCAGGGGAGCACAAGGUGAAGCUGCUCGCUGGCCAACAGCAGAAGACAGGACGGUUUCCGAAGAAGUGGGUAGUUCUCUUAUUGUACAUUUUCCUGGCUGGUCCAGGAAAUCUUCAGGACAUCUCUGGCCUCUACAAACAGCCCUGCAUCAUUUGGGAUUGAAAUGAUUGGGAUGGAGGAUAGACUUAAACAUACCAUCCGGUGAAUGUUGUUUCUAUGUUUGUUCAACCUUGUGGAUAUUAAAAAAUUGUGAGUUUAA